AUAGGGCGUGAAAGAUGACCAGGAGUGGCCUUUGAUCACUCAAAAUGCAAGUGACGCCAAUCUCCCCAGUAUUUCCCCAAUUCCUUUUCCUCUACACACCAUUCACCUGCCAUGCUGCCCGCAAAACACGUCGUCUUUGACGUAGAAGGCACGCUGGUGGGCUACGAAAAGUUCUAUGCAGCCAUUGACGAGCGGCUGGGGAAUAAGCUACGUGAGUAUGGCGUCUCGCCGCAUGUGUUCGGAUACUUGUGGAUAGAAGUCAGCGAGCGCGAGUACACGUACCUGUCCAUGUCCGGCGGCUACACACCUUACGACAAAUGCAUCAAACAUUUGUUCUGGAGGGUCCUGUGGAAAGUUGGUGUUCCGAACCCGCACGAUUUUGCAACGGCAGAGGAUCUCGAUUUCAUCUUGCACGGCUUUUCGGAUAUGGAGAUGAGGCCUGGUGCCAGAGAAUGCAUCGACACCUUACGGCGAAAUGGCUUCACCGUCUGGGCGUUUACAAUGGCCGAUUACUCUCGCAUCUACUCGUACUUCCACAAAGCUGGCAUUGACCUGCCAGAAGAGAACAUGAUGUCUUGCGACUCGACAUCGAUUGGGAAGCCGGCAUCGGCGGCGUAUGCUCCUCUACUCGAAAAGUUGAGCGCUCAAGGCGAGAAGCCGUGGUUUGCAGCAGCGCAUGCGUGGGACGUUUCGGCCGCAAAGAGGCAGGGGUUUCGUGCUGCCUACUGCACUGUCUUCGAGCACGAGCCCGUGACGGAGAUUUUUGGCGGAAUGGAUUGCGUUGCCGAUUCCCUGCCCGAAAUGGCUCAGAGCAUCGUCAGGUGUAGCGACCAGCUUCACUGAAACACAUUCGCAUAGCUCUGUGUAAACGUACAAGGUCUACUGAACAUGACGUGGUCACUGUUCAGACAUCACCCGAUCUCCGGACG